GAACGUUGAGUUUUUAAUUUCAAGGUCACGAUGACCCAACCACCACCGGGAUUUCCCUUCUACCCGUUAGCAAACCCGAAAGGUACUGAAUUCAAAUGUGAGGUUUGCGGGAAGCCUGCAUUUAUACAGUGUGCAAUCUGCCGGGUUACUUAUUACUGCGGGACAGAACAUCAAAAAAUCGACUGGGUGGGAAUACAUGAGAAGAUAUGUUCUAGUCUUAUGGUAAUAAGGAAGCCAGUACCGUUUAUUGCUUCGGAGGAUGAGAGGCGCAGUUUACGCGAUGAAUUACAAGAUAAGAAUAUCGAUAUGGUUGCUCUCACACAACUUGUUGGACAAAAGUUACUGUUUCAAGGGAAGCCAGAGGAGGCCGUACCGGCUGCGUUGCAAUGCCUGAAGUUUACUGCGGAUGCAUACGGAUUGGCUAGUGUGGAACUGGUAUCACCCUAUUUGAUUUUGGCCGAAUCCAGUAUUGGGCUUGGAAGGCUAUGUCAAGCAGAGGCCUACUUAGCACAAGCACAGUGGACCAUGUUGAAAACGCAACAUGAAUGUUCUAAUGCAAUUCGAUCACAGCUACACCGCAAACUGGGACUGCUCUAUGCGGCCAAGGGAGACUAUGAAGCGGCUUUGGAAAGCUUAGCAAAGGAUAUAUUCUACGCGUCUUGUGAAUACGGCACGGAUCACAUAAGGACCGCCGGGGGCUAUUUCCAAAUGGCAGAAGUUUUCUAUGCGAUUCACCAGCGUGAUCAACAGAGGUGCAAAGAAGCUCUAGCCGACCCAAAGGCCUCACAAGGACCAUACAGUCUGAUUGGUCCAUCUGCCACCCCGCAAAUCUCAGGUGGACCAAAGCCGAUGCCAGACAACCCCAUUUUGGGAGGCGUGCAUUGUUGUGUCCCAAAUCCACCAUGCAACACCCUGUCGUUAGGUUCCGAUCAGCCAAUUUCUCCCCCGAAGGAUAAACUUCCUGUCGCGGAUAGUUUGUACGCCAGGGUUGUUGAUAUAUGGUGUGAUCACUUAGCAGGGAUUGUACGCAGCUUGACCUAUCGACCUUUAGUACCUGAAGGAAUAGGUGCUGUUGUGGCUGAGAUUACUCAGGAAAAAUUGGAGACCCUGGUCCGAGUAAACAUCCAGCAUCGACUACAAUGGCUCGGUCAUGUGCUACGCAUGCCGGAACACCGUCUUCCAAGACGAGUGUUAUUCUCCGUGCCUCGUUCAGGGUGGCGCAAACCGCGAGGUGGACAACAAAUGACUUGGCAGAAAGGCGUCAAAGAGAUCACGAAGAGUUUGGGCGUUGCUGGUGCUGUAUGCCUUCGAGGAUGGGGUUCCCGUGACCCCGUCUGUGCUUGGCUGGAGACGUUGCAAGAAAUGGUGGCUAAUCAAUGUUAG